GGACGAUAUAACUGUCUUGUAAAUUAAUAAGUUUUCUCUUACAUGUAAAUGUCAUUUUACAUAGCCUGUAGUGCUUUAUAUUGGUCAGAUGUCAUCAAAAACACAUCAAUUGUCAUGUAUAAAAUACAAGUACAAUAACGUGCACAUGCAAAUGUGCAAGUGUUAACUGUGUACGAAUUGAUGCGCAUAGUUAAAAAAUACAGCGAUCAUUUCACACCCGAAAAAAAACUGGAUUAGGGUUACCGCCCCUGAUUUGUGGAUUACCCGUGUGUUAUGUAGGAGAGAUAAAGUAAACUAAGCGGCCGGUCGAUAUCAAAUAUAAACAGAGUGAGGAAGAACAGUUUGACGUCACUAAGUAAAUGUAGCUUUCUUAUCACUCAAUAAUACGAAGAUGUUUUACCAAUAUCAUGUUUUUGUAACAUUUGGAAUCUUGGCUUUAUCUCUGGUUUCAGGAGUUGAAAUUGAAGGUAUAAAGGGAAAGCGGACGUUUUUAGAAGGUGCAGGCAUCAAUUUAACAUGUAGUCAUUCCACGAGCACAGAUAUGAGUAACAAGCUGAUGUUCUCUAUUCCAAGUGUAACUGGCACAAAUUAUACCAAAACCAGAAGUUUUGAUAGCAAUACUAAAUUAAGUACACUAGUUAUAAGUAAAGAUAAAGUUAUGGAAGGGGACACCGGAACAUACACCUGUAAAUUUGAUGGGUCAUCUGAUGAACGAUCCGUAUCCAUAGAAGUGUUCAAAGAUACGAAAGAAAAAGAUCAAAAGAAUUUCAAGACGACUUCUAGUGUUUACACAGAAGGUGAAAAACUUGAACUGUUAUGUCCAAUAUUAAGUGCAUUGAUGGCUAACGUCACGUGGUCAAGAGACGUAACUCCUGAAUUGGAAAAGCUUGAACGAGCAAGUUAUUCUGUGGAUGGUACAACAACAACAAAUGGAAAAUUGACAAUAACAGAUCUUACACCAGAAGAUAGAGGACAUUAUAUGUGUACAGCUAAAUGGUACUCAGGAGAAGCUACAUUCAAACACUUAGUUCGUGUAAAAAGUAAACUUGCACCUUUAUGGCCAGCCAUCGGUAUAAUAGUGGAAGUUUUAGCUUUAUUUUUGAUUAUCAUUCUUUGUGGCAGGAAGAAAAAGGACUCAACACCAUUAGCUCCACCCCCAUCUACCUCUGAGAGUAACGAGAAAGGAGGAAAUCGAAGAAAAUACGUCACAACAUCAACGUGAAUUAAUUUAUGUUUUAAAUGACAAAAUAUUGGGAGGGUUUUUAAAGAACAAGGGGGAUACAGCUUUUUACUUUUAUAAUUUGGUUACAAAGCUAUCAUUAAAGAAACUGUACUAUCAUUAUAUACUUCAAUACUGUUAUUUAUUACAAAGCAAUAAUUAUAGAGCCACUGAGAUUUUCUUUAACGUUUGAGUUUAAUAUGCAUAUAAUGUGAACGAGAUUUUCUUAAAAUGGUAUGAGUUUAUUAUGCAUGUAAUGUGAACGAGAUUUUCUCUAAAUAGUAUGAAUUUAACAUAUAUAUCUUAUCUUAUUUUAUAUACUUGUAAUAUGGACGGAAUCAUUUGAACUGUGUACAUAUGAGAAACAAGCUUUGGGUAAGCGAGAUUACACUGUUGAUAAAUACACCCACGAGAAUGGUGUCUGGUGUAUACCGUUUAUCCACUCAUAUUCCCCCUUUUGUUCCUUUAAAGACAUAAUUGAGAUACUAAAACGGAUAUGAAUGUUACAAAAUAAAUUUCUCCAGAUAAUUAAGAGCAGUACACUUUCAUGCAGCAUGUAAAUAUUUCCACAGAACGAAACAGUAAACACUUCAUAUUGUGAAAUAAGUAACUCGUAACACUAAAUGUAGCUCUGAUAAUAUCUCAGGGUUUCUAUUGGAUGUGUUUUUCAUUUGAACAGCUAUGUUGUUACAAAGGAAAUUCUAGCAGAAAGAUCAACAUUAUUGGAUUUUUUAUUGAAUUACAUUCUUUUACUUUACAAUUUGCCCGUGUGAAUAUUGCUUCUAUUCCAAUACACAUAAUGCAUAUUGAUUGGGAAAAGAGUUAACUAUCAGUGGACUGGAAAACAGUUAUUUUACAUUUGCCUGUACAAAUUGAUUUACACUCUGUUGUUUAUAUAUAAUUAUGUGUGUUUGUAGUGGAAAAAAAUGCAGAUCACAUAGUUUGUGAUUCGGCUAAUUGAGAGUGAAAUGAUUAUUUUAUUUCUUGUACCAUGCUUGCUGUUGUAACUGCUAAUUUUCAUCUUUGGUAGAAGUUUCUGUGUUUGUAAUUCAAGAAAAUUAAUGCGUACACUGCAUCUCAAAGAACUCUUUUAUAUCAAGAGAACAUUUUCAUCGUUGUAAAAAUUGAAUAAAAUAUUGGAUUUUCUAACUGAAUAUUCAAAAAAUAUACGAAAUAGUAUCCAAAUUUGUAGAAAAUAAUUGGUUUCUACCACAGAAUUCUAAGUUGUACUACAUUCUACUGUACUAUAACAGCAUGUGAUGUAUAUAAGUUAUUAGAAAUGGCAUUUCUUAUUUAAAUUAUUGAAUAUCCUCUUGAUAUUUAGAAUUACUUUUUUGAAGGAAAAUUAUGCCACUGCUACUGUUGUAUUAACUUAAACAUCGAUUGUUGACAUUUAGUGACAUUUUCACCGUUGUGUUUACUUGUUUUAUAUUCCAUAAAGAGAACAAACGUAUAGUGUAUGUAAACACGAAUGCUUGAUAUAAACAAACAUAUAGAUGUAGACGUAAGCUAAAAAAUCAACAUAACACACAUGUUUACAAUGUAAGAUUUGUUUUCAUAAUGGGGAUCGAGUCGGAUAUGUUCAACAUAAUUUAGACCUAAAUGUGAAAACGUUAUAUGUAAUGUGAAUUUUAUACUAGAGUUAUCGUUCCUAUUGUGGAAUUUCUACCUGUUACUAAAGUAUUUUGUUUAUGUCUCUAUUGUACAUGCUCUGACUGUGAAUGAAAGAACCUUGUAAUGUUAACUGAUGCAGUUGGAAUAUUUAUUAAUUCUAUUUAUUCAUUUGCACUUCAUUUUUAUUUUUUAAGUAUGAAUUAUUAUGACUGAAAUCCCCGGACAAGAGACUCAAAUUUCUACUUGCCAUGAUAUCAGACUUUAAUAGCUUAACUGACUUACUAGUAAUUAAUGCAUUUUUAUUUGUGGCGGGAAAUCUUUUUUUAUAUAUUAGAGUUAUCUCUCUUUUAUCAGAUAAAAAUAUGUUAAAACAACCUCUCGGUUUUCUAAGCGACAUAAAGGGUACGGGUUGUGUUUAUUUAACCUAACAAUAGACAGCAAAUAAUAGUUAAAAUAUAAGAUAUAACAAGAAAUCUAUUUUAUAGGAAAGUGAUCUUGUAAAUAAAAAAGACGGUAACAUACUUGAAAACAUGAAUUUUGCAAUCGCCCACAAGUACAGAGAUGCUUCUGACACAAAUGUUGACGUCCCAAUUCAAUUUGUGAAAACGUUAAAGGUGAUGUCCUUUUAUUAUUAAAGGUAUAAAAAAGGGAAAUAUUGAGGUAAAUUAUAUAACAACUUGUUUCAAGUUUUAUAUGUAGAGUUUGUUGAAACAUUUUACAAUUGUCAUUUUAUUUUGUAUUUCAAUAUCGAAGAAAUGAUGCAACAUGUUUAAGCUUUAUUGUUAGAAAUUUUAUUAUGAAUAGUUUUUUUUAUCGUAAGAAAUGUUUGUAUAUGCAUUUUACCCGUUUUGAUUGCAAAAUAGACUAAUAUUGUUUUUAUUUCUGAAAAUAAAAAGAAAUUUUAUUUA